CCUCGACUCUCCCCUGAGCUCACUCCACUCCAGCAGAUAGUGCGACCUGAUCAACCGUCCAUCACCGCACUAGGCCCUGUUCUUCAGGUACAGCAUUGUACACUAUUGAUCCUCCCGCCGUCUGGGGCACCCACUCACUUCCCUCCAAUAUCCGUCAUCGGACACAACCACCGCCGUUGAGAUCUUGGCUACAUGGGUUGAGUUAACAACGUUGCAGAUCUCUGUUCCCAUUAACGUGGAAGAAUGAACCACAAGGCAGGUCAGAAUAAUGUACUGUGUUCUCAGCAGCUCAAGUCUGUCUGUGAAAGGCCUCGUACAGCACAGACGAGCCAUGGCAAACAUAUCCGGCAUACAGCAGCUGCUGGAUGGCAAAUGUACUAACGCUAGUGCACGGUUCAACGUCAACCAUGCAAGUCAGUCCGUGUGGGUUUGCUGUCAAACGGAAUCACAUCUUAUUGAUAGUUGAUAGGGGGGCUAGAGAAAUGAUCUCGGACCCAUUAUCGAGUUUCGACAAUGCUCCAAAAAGCAACGAUCUCCCCCAUCUCAUGAGCAUCUCAAUAGCGCUGCAAUUCCCUCUCUUUUGCUUCUCUGCAUCCUGUAUCUUGCUGCCUACUACGCUCGUUACUCCCAUCCAUUUGUGUUCCUGACCAAGGGACCAAGGGAUUAUCAUGGCGGCAGCAUACAUCCCGCUGGUCAGCGAAGGCGAACCCAGCACGCCGAGUGAGACCGAACACAUGCCAUACUCGGACAUUGACUUGGAAAAGACGUCCGACGAGCCAUUACCAAGAUGGUACCAACAAAUCCCGCGGUGGAAGAUGGACAUGUCGUCGACACUGAACGUGACGCCCAAAUGGGAAAAGGUGCCGGACGCCAAAACGUUUGGCUGGAUUGUCCUCGGCUACAUCGUGGCCGCGCUGCCCAGAUUCCUGCAACCGGGCGGCAUGUCGGUCAAGAAACAACUACACCCGACGGCGUAUCUGGACGCGCUGCGAGGAUGGGCUGCCCUGUUCGUGUACCGGUAUCACUGUUUCCAGAACAAGACAUGGAUUCUUGAACAGCCCGUGUUCCACGCCAUCUUGAACGGUCGGGCCAUGGUGGACAUCUUCUUUGUUAUUUCCGGAUACGUGCUCAGUUACCGACUGCUCAAGAUGAUGCGGAACCAGCAACCCAGUAUGCUGCGGGCGCUGGCAUCGUCGUCAUUCCGCCGCUGGUUCCGUCUGUACGCUUCGUGUGGUGUCGCCUCGUUGAUCACGGCAUACAUGUCGUAUCUGGGAUGGUGCCAGCCCGCACACCGCAAGCCGACCAUCUGGCUUCAACUCUGGGACUGGCUUUGGGAUUUCAUCGGCUCGAGCAACCCGAUGGGCGACAUCAAGGGUUGGUGGUACGGAGGUGUGUUCCGCACACACUAUCUCGAUCAGAUGUGGACGAUCCCCGUCGAGUUCCGUGGCUCGAUGAUUCUGUUCUGGUUCUGCGCCGCCGCCGCGUACCUGAGUCUGCGUGGCCGCCGCAUCUUCGCCUGUGUCGUUAUUGGGCUCUGUUAUUGGUGGGGAGUUGUCUAUGGCGCCCUGUUCAUCUUCGGCAUGUUGAUCGCCGACUACUCGUUCGACCGCCAUCCAGAACGCUACCAACGCAAUGCCGUCCGACUGCCCCAGCAACAAUCAGCCGACGGAAGCAGCGAAAAGCCCACUCAACCCACUCAAUCCAUCCCCGCCAAAAUCGGCUGGUGUCUCGUGACCAUUGUCGCCCUGUUUAUUCUCGGCCAGCCCGCCAAUGGGCAAUGGGAAGGCUUUUGGCUGUGGCCCACGCUCGCCAAAGUCGUGCCCUUCUGGUAUCCCGUUGAGCUGGCCGAGCACUUCUGGCUCGGCAUCGGCUCCACUCUGCUCGUCUUGGCCCUCGACAACUGCCGCAUGCUCCAGAUCCCCUUCGAGCUCGGCUUCUCGCAAUAUCUCGGCGAUUUGUCCUUUGGCAUCUACGCUAUGCACAAUACUAUCAAUUGGGCCCUGUACCAAGCCAUCGUCCAGCCGUGGUGCUACCAACAUUUCGGCGAUGGAUACUGGUCCGGCCUGCCGGGAAUCCUGUUCACUACCGUCGUCGUCCUCUGGGCCGCAGACUACUUUACCCGCAUCGACAACAAGGUCGUCUGGUUUGGAAAGUGGAUGGAGGAGAGGACGUUUAUCAAAUGGGAGGAGCAGUAAAGCAAACCAAAUCAAAACAACAUAUGUUGUCUCCUAUUCUUUUCUUUUCCUCUAUUUCGAAACAACCCUUCCACAGCAUAUAUUUGAGUUGGGUUCGGGGACAUCUAUGUGCAUAUCUAGGCAUUCAUGUUUGAUGCGGUGCGGGCGGCGUUGGUAUAGCGGCAUCCCUUUUUUCUGUUCCUAUUCGAAUUCAAUUCAAACUCCUACUCUCCGUGAUGGAAAGCCUUUGACUUAUGUUCCUUUUUUCCUUUUUCCUUGAUGACGGCGAGAAUGACGGACGGCCUUUGAGAUGCUGAAAAUGAUGAUAUGUACAGGUUGCUAUUCGAGAGGGACGUGGGGUGUGGGUGUCCAGCGGCGAAAAUGUCAUAUUAUGUUUAAACAACGUGACCUUGAGUUCUACUUCC